AUGUCUGGACCUGGUGUCGGCUUCGAGUACCCUGCUCAGCCCGUUUCUUGGCUGAAGCGCGAUGUCCUGCUCUUCGCAAACUCCAUUGGCGCUACCGCCGACGAGCUUCAUUUCCUCUACGAACUCCACCCCAACUUUGCCGUCUUCCCUACCUACCCCGUCAUCCUGCCGUUCAAGGGCGACACACAAGAAGUGAUUGACUUCUACGCCUCCCAGAAGAAGAUCAAGAUUCCCGGUGUUCCCGACUUCGACUCCCGCCGCGUCGUCGAUGGCCAGCGAAAGAUUGAGUUUCUCAAGCCUCUGCCCAUCUCCUCGGAGGGCCACAAGUUCGAGAUCCGAACCAAGGUUCUCGGCGUCUACGACAAGGGCCGUCCCGGCUCCGUUGUUGACACCCAGCUCGAACUUGUCGAUGCCAACACCAACGAAGUCUACACUCGUCUCUUUGGCAGCGCCUUCUACGUUGCCCAGGGCAACUGGAGCGGUCCCAAGGGCCCUGCCACUGAGAACUUCCCUCCUCCCAAGGGCAAGAAGCCCGAUUGGGUGCUGGAGCACCAAAUCUCCAAGGAGGCGGCUCACCUGUACCGUCUGAAUGGCGAUUACAACCCCCUGCACGCCACCCCCGAGCCCGGUGUCAAGAUGGGCUUCCCCGGUGCCAUCAUGCACGGCCUGUAUUCAUGGAACUCUACCGCUCAUUCCAUUCUCAAGGCUGUGGGUGGCAGCAAUCCUGCCAACCUCAAGGAGUACCAGGCCCGCUUCGCGAGCCCUGUGCUGCCUGGUGACAAGCUCGUCAUCCAGGUGUGGAAGACGGGCGAGAAGAAGGGCGAGUUUGACGAGAUUCGGUUUGUUGUCUCUGUCGAGGGCGGAAAGGUGUGCUUGAGCAAUGGUCGUGCUUUAGUCAAGAUUGUGGGAGAUGACAAGGGAAAGCUGUAA